AUGGCUGCUGAUUCGCAAGAUGUAAGUUGAGAAAAAUCGGGAAACGGAUCAACGCUUGCAUUCAGAUCUACCGUAAUCUUUCGGCUGACGACCAUGACGCUGCUCCGAUGAUCGUGGAGAGCAUGUGCGUCAACUGCGAAAAGAACGUACUGUCCGAGGGGAAAACUCGUUCGAAACCGACUGAUUACAGGGCGAGACUCGCAUCAUGUGCACGUCGAUUCCCUAUUACAAAGCGGUCAUUCUCAUCUCGUUCGAGUGUCCGCACUGCGGCUACAAAAACAACGAAAUACAGAGCGGAGAAGCGGUUCAAGAGCACGGAACGCUCAUAGUUCUCCGUGUUCAGCAGCAGGACGAUCUGCGAAGACAGCUCGUGAAAUCCGAGUACGCAUCGAUUGAGGUACCCGAAUUGCAGCUCGAAAUUCCGUUCAAAUCUCAACCUGGAGGUCUAUUUCGCCCCAAAUCCAUUCAAUGUGACUAGUGCUUUCAGAAGUGACAACAAUUGAGGGAGUGCUCGAAAGAGUUCACCGAGGAUUGAGCCAAGAUCAGGAGAAACGCAGACUUCUGGAUCCGGAAGGUGCCGCUCAAAUUGACGCCUACCUUCAGAAGAUUACAUCGUGCAUGGAAUUGAAGCAGAAUUGGACACUCAAACUGCGCGACCCGACUGGAAACUGCUUCAUUCAGAACCCGGAUGUCCGCCACGUGGAUCCUCGUUGCAUCAUCUCUCACUACCAUCGAUCACUCGAUGAAAAAAAGCUGCUGGCUUUGGCGGAUGACAAGUAGGCGGUGCCGAUGGUCUUUUCGAACUCAUGCAUCUUUUCAGUGAAGGGGAAGAGGAAGAGGACGAUGAGACGGAAUCUGCACCCGAGUUCAAAAGCUACGACGACGCGAAAGCAGAGGUGCUGCACUUUGCGACGGACUGUCCGAAUUGUCACAGACCGACCGAAGUGAAGAUGAAACCUACGGACAUUCCUUUCUUCCAAACCGUCAUCAUUAUGUCGAUGGCGUGCGAUCGAUGCGGGUACAAGUCGAAUGAGGUGAAAAGCGGAGGAGCAAUCAGAGAUCAGGGAUGCAGACUUUCGGUCAAACUGGAGAAGGACGUCGAUCUAGCGAGAGAUGUGCUUAAAACGGACACUUGUGCAAUGUCAAUCCCGGAAAUCGAUUUGGAAGUCGGAGGAAACGCUCUUUGUAGCCGUUUCACUACCAUCGAAGGGCUUCUCAUGGCGACAAAGGAUCAGUUAGAUUCGGUGAGUGAUAAGAGAGAGAGAAACCUUUUGUAAACGGGUGAUUCCAGCAAUCCUCCUUCUUUAUGGGAGACUCCGCCAAGUCGAAGGAGAAGAGUGAUGUGACGAAAUUCCUCGAGAAGCUCGACGACAUCAUCGCCCUCCGAAUGCCUGCCACUAUCGUUCUCGAUGAUCCGACCGGAUGCAGUUAUGUGCAGAGUUUGACUGCUCCGAUGGAGGACAGUCGGUUGACCAAGGAGUGGUACACCCGGACGUUCGAGCAGAAUGACGAUCUGGGCAUCAACGAUAUGAAGGUGGAGAACUACGGAGAAUUAGAGGCGUUGGCCGAAGAGGAGGAAACCGAAGAAGCUUAA